CAGAUAUUAAUGAAAACGGAGAAAUAUUAUAUAAUUUGACAUAAUUGGACUAAUUAUGUCAACCAAAAUGACUAACCCUGCAUUCAUUUUUGACAAUGGAGCAUAUACAAUUAAAGUUGGACUUUCUACAGAAAAUCCAAAAAUAGUUCCUAACUGUAUAAUGAAAGCAAAAAGUGAACGUCGAAGACCUUUCAUAGGAAAUCAAAUAGAAGAAUGUAGAGAUGCUUCUGGACUAUUUUAUAUUUUACCAUUUCAGAAAGGAUAUCUUGUAAAUUGGGAUAUUCAAAAAACUGUCUGGGAUUAUAUAUUUUCGAAAGAAUGUUGUCCUGUUAAUUUAAAUCAACUUUCUGUGAUAAUAACCGAACCGCCAUUUAAUUUUGCAAGUAUUCAAGAGGCUAUGACUGAGAUCUUUUUUGAAGAAUAUGAAUGUCAUAGUCUUCUUAGGGUAAAUACAAGUAGCCUUUCGUGUUACAAUCAUAGAAGUGAAAGAUCUGGAACUAAAUGUUGUAUAAUAGUUGACACUGGAUAUAGUUUUACACAUAUUGUGCCAUAUGUAAAUGGUAUUAAAAUCAAGGAAGGUAUACGAAGAAUAGAUGUGGGUGGAAAACUUCUUACAAAUCAUUUGAAAGAAAUAAUAUCUUAUCGACAAUUACAUGUUAUGGAUGAAACAUAUGUAAUAAAUCAAGCAAAAGAAGAUUCUUGUUUUGUAUCACAAGAUUUUUAUAAAGACAUGGAAUCUGCUAAGAAAAAGUUAGAAAAUAAUGACAUUGUUAAGGAUUAUGUUUUACCAGAUUAUACAACAUUGCGACGUGGCUUUCUUAAAAAUCCAGAGGUUUCUAAUGAACAACAAGCAGUACGUUUGAGCAAUGAACGAUUUGCGAUACCUGAAAUUCUUUUUCAUCCAUCUGAUGUUGGUAUUCGACAAAUGGGUAUACCUGAAGCUAUUAUAGAUUGUUUGAGAGCUUGUGAAGAAGAAACAUGGCCACAUCUUUUGUCUAACAUAGUGCUUACAGGUGGAAAUGCAAAGUUUCCAGGUUUUCGAGACAGAGUAUUUAAAGAAGUUAGAAGUCUUGCACCCUUUGAUUAUAUGAUAAAUGUUUUUUCACCAGAGAAUCCAAUCACUUAUGCAUGGCAUGGUGGGAAAGCAUUAUCAAAAGAUCCAAUAUUUCCUAGUCUUCUUGUAACAAGGGAAGAAUAUGAAGAAGAAGGUCAAUCACUUUGUUUUGAAAGAUUUGAUGUUUGAUGAAAUUGUUUAAACAAAAAAAUUACGUAUUUUUAAUAAAUAUAUAUGCUUUUGUACAAUAUUUAUUUUAAUUGCUCUGAUCUAAGUAAACAAUGAACAAUAAAUAUUAAGUCUAAUUGCUCCUUA